AUGCGAGUCGUAAGUUUUCCACGUUCGAGUGGCUCUGCCUUGCGGAAACGCACGGAAGCUUUCGCUGGCUUGCUGAGCUACCCAUGGUGCCAGCACUCAGCUCUGGAACUAUACAGUCGGCAAAAAGUUUUGAACACCAGGCGAUUGAGCUUCCUCGACUCUGGGAUGUGCUUAUUUGCUGGCGUCCGGACGUUUCGUUCCAAUUUCUUAGCGUCUGAGUUGCGCUUGGCGCGAGCAACACACUUAAAUUUGGAUUUAUGGAGGCGCAACUCUAGUUUACUGCGAAAAACGCACGUUCAAUACCGACAAGCUAGCGGUCGCGGUCGGGGGCCAAGCACGGCCGACUCGUCUGAUGUGCGGAAACGGAACUUGAAUUUUCUUGCGUGGAGCCUCUCUGCCGCGAUAUGUACAGUUGGACUCUCAUACGCAUCCGUGCCUUUGUAUAGAAUGUUUUGUCAAGUUACUGGAUACGGAGGCACUGUACAGACGGAAACUGAAGAGUAUGAGAAUCGAUGGAGCGCGCUCCAAUCAUCACCAAGCGCUGAAGGGGAUACUCGUUCCGAAUCCUCAGCGCCGGAGCCGAGCGCGAGUAGUCGCACAAAAUCCUCACAUCGCCGGGAACGAAUGCGUAUUCGACAAGACGCAAGACCUAUUACGAUCCGCUUCAAUGCGGACGUGAAUGCUGCCAUGCCGAUCACUUUCGUGCCACGUCAGUCGAUAGUGCACGUUGUACCCGGGGAGGCUGCGCUAGCCUUUUAUACCGCACAAAAUCAGGCUAAUGAAGAUGUUGUCGGAAUCGCCACCUACAACGUAGUGCCCGCGAAGGCGGGAGUCUACUUCAACAAGAUUCAGUGCUUCUGCUUCGAGGAACAGCGUUUUAAGGCAGGCGAAAAAAUCGAUAUGCCUGUCCUUUUUUUCAUUGACCGCGAAUUCAGUGAUGAUCCUCGCAUGGUAGACGUAGAUACGAUUAUCCUCUCGUACACAUUCUUCCGAGCGCAGGAUGUUUCUCCUGAAUUUCUGGCGGAACAACAGCGUCAAGCAAUCGGGCUCGCAACGAGUUGA